AUGGAGCUGCAUGCGGAGAGCGACGUUGAGAACUUGGGCUUUGACGAGCUGGCCGAUGGCGAAUUGAACGAGCUCGAAAGCACUAUUGCUGAAGGGGGUGAAAACGAGGACGGUGGCGGCCACCGUUCCUCACGAGAGAACUCCAUAUUUUCAUCUCGGAGCGCAUCCAUCUCCCUUGCCUCGACUCCAUCGUCGAAGUCGUCCUUCUCCCCGGCCUCGAGAUAUGCGACGGAGAAGGAGAUUUUUCUGGGAGAUCUGGACAACUUCAUCCCAGUUGGGAUUUUGAAGCGGUUCAACCGGUGCUUGAAGCCCGGUGAGCCCGUGCCGGCCGCCCAGGGCCCAGAAUAUCCGCAGGCGGAAGUUCAAAGCCUGGUAGCGGCUGGCUGGAUUCGGACUUCGCUUUGUCGAAACGAGAUCUACUCCGAGUGGAUCGCGAUGCGGGUCUACGUCCUCCCAGAAGACGUGGGAAGGUCAAUUAUUCCACGGGCUAGCGUCCCCCUCCAUCGCGCAUUGAAAGUUGUUAUGUCGAGACUGGACAUCUCUCCUGAAGCAUGGAUGGGACGUUUUCAUCCUACUCCGAAUCACCUCGUCAACAAUCAGACGGGAGUGGAGUCACUAUUUUACAUUUUCAACACUCUGGAUUCUCCCGAUCCCAAGGUUGCCUCUGUAGCCGAUCCCUGGGCGAGGAUGGCCAUGGAAGAGAUCCUCGAAGGAGGCAUUGACGGCGGAGAACAUGAAAAUGUGUUACCUGGACUUUUGACUCCUCUGUACCCAUAUCAACGUCGCUCUGCUGCACUUAUGAUUCAAAAGGAAACCCAGCCAGGAGAAUAUCUUGACCCAAGGCUCGAAUUGUUCACCGGCCCAACAGGACAGACUUACUAUUAUGACAAAGAAGAGGGCGCCGUCACCCAAGACGAGCGACUUUUUUCAAGACCAUGUGGAGGUGUUCUUGCAGAAACCAUGGGUUAUGGGAAAACAUUGAUAUGCCUAGCAGUUAUCCUUGCCACCAAAGGCCAUUUACCACAAAUUCCUCCCGAGCAUGUAUCACGUAUUCCCAAGAGAGCCCAAAUCGGUUCCCUGCUCGAAAUGGCCGCAUCUGUGAUCAGUCGCCAUUCAGUGCCGUGGAAAGCCUAUUUCGACCGCAUGAGCCGAGCUGGACUGCAUUACACAAAGUGCAUCGACGUCUGCAAGUCCCAUCAGGCUUCAUACGUUAUCUCUCAAACGCCAAAAUACGUCUCACGUAAAAGGGAAGACAAAAUUACUGUGCAGCUGUCCUCUGGGACUCUAGUCAUUGUUCCACCAAAUUUGGUUGAUCAUUGGCUUCACGAGAUUAGAAAACACACCCAAGGGUUGAAAUUGUUAGUCUUGAGAAACAAAUCUGACUUAACGCCGCCAGUCAUCUCCCUACUCGAAUACGACAUUAUCCUUUUUUCGAGAACACGGUUUGAAGGGGAGAACGGUGAUCCCUUAUUACAACCUCCCUCGCCUCUAAAAGAAAUCCACUGGCUUCGAAUUAUUGUUGAUGAGGGGCAUAACUUUGCUAGCACCGGCGGCAAAUCAAACGCGAUUCAUUUCCUGGACCAGCUGCAUGUCGAACGCAGAUGGGUAGUUUCUGGAACUCCGUCAAGUGGAAUGUACGGCAUUGAAGUUAGCCUCGCAUCGCAAGAAACCAUUCCAGGAGCAGCAAAGAACGACGAUGAGGUGGCUUCAGCUAUUCUGAAAGCAAGGAGAAAAUCCAUUGUUGAUGAGGAGUUGAAAAACCUGGACAAGCUAAAGCGAAUCGUGGUAGACUUCCUCGGUAUGAAACCUUGGGCUAAUUGCGGCUCCAGAGACCCAGCGCGCUGGGCGAGAUAUAUUAAGCCGAUAGACGAUGACGGCACCCGCGUAAUGGCAGCAUCGCUUCGCCCAACACUCCAGUCCGUUGUUGUACGGCAUCGCGUCGAAGACAUCAAUAAAGACUUGACUUUACCGAACCUGAGCAACAAAGUGGUGUAUCUCGAACCCACUUUUUACGACAAGCUGUCAGUUAACAUGUUUAUUUUUCAGCUAACCGUUAACGCCAUUACUUCUGAACGAACCGACGAGGAUUAUAUGUUUCACCCAAAGAACAGAAAACAUCUAGCUGCCUUGAUCAGCAAUUUGAGAUUUGCAGGUUUCUGGUGGACUGGAUUCAAAAGCAACGAUAUUGUGGCGACACUUAAUAUUGCCAACAAAUAUCUAGAAAAACAUCGAGAAAUGAUGACGGAAUCUGAUUUGAAACUCCUGUGUGAGGGAAUCCUCAUUGCAGAGAAAACAAUUGCUUGCCCUUCUUGGAACGCCUUUAGCUCAUUUGAUGAACUCGGAGUGUUUAUUCGCGACUUUCCGGAACACGCACGAGGAGUAUGGUCAAUUGACAGUUUGAAGGGACAUCAGCAACCGAUAUUGUUAGGAAUUUCUCAAGCAAGAGACGCGCAAAAAUUUGUGACAGGUCGCCUUUGCGAAAUUGAUCCCGCGGAAGGUAUGGUUGGCGCUGGAAUAAAGAAAAAACGAGAGUUGCAAGCAAGGCUCGUUGAGAAUGAUAAAAGACCACGAACAGUUCUCCCGACCAAGACUCAGGCUGAAUCCGCUGCCAUCGAUUCUAAAACGGGUAAUGGUUUUAUUCAUCGACCACAACCUGAAACACUCCCAAAUGCAAAGGCAUCAUGCCAAUUUAGAACCCUACCAACUGACUCUCCGCUUGCCAAUACAAAAAUUGUUGCUACCGCGUCCGCCAAACUCAGCUACUUAUUGGAUCGUGUCCUCGAGUUUCAGGAAACAGAAAAGAUUAUCAUUUUUUAUGAGAACAACAACAACGCCUUUUGGGUUGCAGAAGGUCUUGAGAUACUCGGUGUCGAAUUUCGAAUAUACGCAAGCACGCUCAAACCGAACUUGAAAUCCGAAUAUCUGUCAAUGUUCAAUAAUUCCGAAGAGGUUCGAGUCCUGCUCAUGGAUUUGCGACAAGCUUCGCAUGGGUUACACGUAGCCAGUGCUUCUCGGAUCUUUAUCAUCAAUCCAAUCUGGGACCCGAAUAUUGAAAGCCAAGCAAUCAAACGAGCCCAUCGUAUCUCACAAACGAGGCCCGUGUAUGUCGAGACCUUAGUUUUAAGAAAUACACUUGAGGACAAAAUGUUGAGACGAAGGAAACAAAUGUCCAAUGCCGAGAUGCAGCAUGCGGAAAGGGAUCUUCUGGAUGACGCGACAAUGAGUUCUAUAAUCCAGGCGGGAGGAUUUAUUCCCAUCUUUGACGACGAAACAGAUAGCGGACUUGCUUUGAUGAAAUCUACUCCCGGUUUCUUUGAUCGUCACCAACUACCGGUUCAAAACAAGAGCAAAGGCAAAAAAUCAGCGCCAUCGUCUCGCCAGACACCAGCAAAGCGAAAACGAAAAGCUGCCGAUCCAAUCCCUUUCUUGGAUUCAGAUGUAUCCCCCGGAUCAGUGAGAAGAUCCAAACGACGAAGAACCGCUGCCUCAGACACACAUCACCCAGUCCUCGUAAACGAAGGGUUAGGACUCGUCUUACAUCAUGAUUCUCCGAGUGACAAUGAUAUAGCUUCCACGAACAUUUCGCAAUCGUCCUCAGCUGAAUUAGAUGGGGAUGACGCUUCUGCUUCCCAUGCUCCUCCAGCCAACUGA